ACUGUGCAGCCAGUCGGUUGAUCGUCACUCAGUGAAGAUGGCGAUGAGAGUAGCACUCCGCUGCGUUUCUGCAAACUUUUCCCACAAGGGUCCCCGUCUCUCGCCCCUACCACAGAUUUCAGCGGCUCUGCAGUUAAGGAGGACUGACCUCACACGGACGUUAAGUACCACCUCACAGUUGUCCACAGCUCUAAAGUUUACAGAUAAGCACGAGUGGGUCCAAGUAGAUGGUAAAGUCGGCACUGUUGGCAUCAGCAACUUUGCUCAGGAAGCAUUAGGGGAUGUGGUGUACUGUGGCCUUCCUGAAAUUGGUCAAAAGCUGGAAAACAUGGAGGAGUUUGGGGCUUUAGAGAGUGUGAAAGCUGCCAGUGAGCUGUACUCUCCACUGACCGGGGAGGUGACUGAGGUCAAUACCGACCUGGCGGAAAAUCCAUCACUUGUGAACAAGGCCUGCUACAAAGAGGGUUGGCUUAUCAAAAUGACAAUUGAAAACCCCUCAGAACUUGAUGGCCUCAUGGACGAUGCUGCCUAUGAGAAGUUUAUUAAAUCUCUUGAAUAAAUUGGAUAUGACUAAAUAUCAAUAGACAUACAGGCCAAGGCUGGUAAUGAAAUCAAAAUCAAAUUGCUGCCGUGUUGACUAACAUCUGAUUUGAGACUUCUCAAUUACGAUAUUUAUUUUGAUUCUGGAUUUACGUAAAAUAAUCUAAAUAACCAAAAAUGUUGUCGUAUAAUGUCACAUUAAUAACUUUGAUGUAGAUGGAAAGGCCUUUUCUAUCCACGACACAACCUCAGGGGCAUGUGAUCCAACCUUGUAGGUUUAUCUGUCAAGUUUGUGUUGUUCUUUAAAUAGCAUAAUUCUUGUGUGAUGCACAAAAAGGGAUUGUAGAUGCUCUGUAUCAGAUACAUUAAAUUACACCCGCUUUAA